AUUUUUUCACAAUUUUUUAUUUGUUCUAGAUCAUUGCUGAAAAACUACAGCGCAUUGGUGAGACCUGCAAGGAAUCCCAAUAAAGUAUCGAAUGUAUCAAUGAAAAUUUUCCUUCAACAGCUUCUCAACGUUGACGAACAAAAUCAACUCAUCGAAGUGAAUGCAUGGUUGAAAUAUACAUGGAAUGAUUACCGUUUACGUUGGCGUCCAAUAGUUCAUGAUAAUAUUUCGUCAUUACGAUUCCCUACUGAUGAGCAACAAAUCUGGUUACCUGAUAUUUUACUCUAUAACAGAUGUUCAAAUUUCAGUGCAAACGAGGACUUCGACUCGUCAUGCCGCAGCAAUUUAGUAGUCUACAGUACUGGAGAAAUCAAUUGGAUCCCACCUGGGAUAUUCAAGAUCAGUUGCAAGAUGGACAUAACAAUGUUUCCAUUCGAUGAGCAGACCUGUUCACUGAAGUUCGGCUCAUGGACGUAUCAUGGCUUCGCGUUGGAUCUCCUGAUUGACACAUCAAAUAAAGAACCACCAAUAGACACAUCUACAUACAUAGCUAAUGGCGAAUGGGAUUUAAUUGGUACUUCAGCCAAGAGAGAAGUGUCAUUCUACAAAUGUUGUCCGGAACCUUAUCCAACUCUCAAUUUCCAUCUAUAUUUGAAGCGCAAGUCAUUUUAUCAUAUCUUCAACAUUAUCGUUCCAUCGAUGCUGAUUUCUGGCAUGACAUUGCUCGGCUUCUGUCUGCCACCGCACGACAUGAGCGAGAAAAUUGGUUUCCAGACAACUAUCUUAUUGUCCGUUUGUUUCUUUUUGACGAUUUUAUCAGAAAUGACUCCGACAACUUCGGAAUCAAUUCCGCUACUAGGUGUGUUUUUCUCAUCGGUAACCCUAAUUGUUGCCAUGUCCACAACGUUCACUGUCUGUGUACUGAAUCUCCGCUAUCGACAAUAUGCAAAUCAUAAGUUUCCUCCGAUGAUCCGCUUCAUUUUUCUGCAAUUCAUACCGUGGAUUAUGCUCAUGAAACGUCCAGGAUAUCGGUUUUCGUGUGCCAAAGCGCUCGAUGAACAGAAGCUUGAAGAGUCGACAUCAUUAAUGCAGACAACGUUGGAACAGUUACCUGGCGAAAAGCUCGAGUUAACACGAAAAGUCGGAGAGGUGAGGCACCGACUUCUUCUCAUCUUUGAGAGGUGCCUACAUGUAGAUCAGGUGGUCACCAAGUUAAGGUAA